AUGUCGACUGGUGACCCCGAGGGUCCAGCUGGCGAGUUCAGCAUCCGUAAGGAUGCGGCCGGCGCGGCCACGAAGCCGCGAUCCGUGCCGUUCAAUCGCAACAAUAAUCUGCUCGAGGCGAAGUCCGACUCGGAGCUGUCGCAGGUGCUGGUCGAAGCGAAGAAGACCAAACGGCCAGUUGUUGUGACGUAUGGCGCCAGCUGGUGCCAUGCGUGCAGCAAGAUGCUUCCCACCUUUUUCAACCUGAGCAACGAGUACUCACGGCCCAUCUUUGUGUACGCUGACGUGGAUAAAUGCACUCAGAUGGCCGAGGACGUUCGCUACACCCCCACCUUCCGUUUUUUCCGCGAGGGCAGUAAAGUGGACGAGUUCUAUGGGGCAGGUCCGCAGAGGCUCCGGGAUAGAGUGUGGCUGCAGUCAUGA